UCGAUGUCGGUGGCUUCGUUAUGGCACACAGGUGAUCAGAGUUCUCUUGACGACCUAUUAUCUAUAAAGCAUUUUGCAACAGAAUCACAUCUAUUGUCUUUACUUUCCUUUGAUGUUUUCUUUCAUAAUUAAGUAGUGCCACCUUUUUGAUUAGGAGAACUGUGACUCCUACUUGCGGAGCCUCCGAAAGUCGCUUUUUUUGUGGCUUCUUUCCUUCUACAGCAUUAAACGGAAAGUGUCGUCACUGUGAUGGGCCCCGUCGCUCCUCUCUAAAAAUGGCAAGAAAGGCGGUUCUUCUUAUGGCAACAUGGCAAGAAAGGCGGGUCUCCUUAUUUAUUAACAAGUAUGUAUGUCAAACUCUUGUACAAGUACAACAUCAUGACUACCAUCUCCGCAUGGGCUCCUCCUGCGUCGCUGCGUCUCGUAGAGUGUCUGGUGAUGUGUCUCAUUUAAAUUUUCUAGAAGUAUUGUUGUCACUCCUGCGUCACUGUCUAGAAGUAAAUGUUCGUCUUUCCACCUGUGUAGAGUUCCCUAAUCUUGAAAGGGAGGCAAGGGGGGCGAGCAGUGGGAUGCAGGAUGGGGCGGCCAGCAGAGCCCUUGGGAUGCAGGAUGGGAUGAUCCUUAAGAAUAGUUUAGAAUCUAAUUCUUACUUUCUUCAUCUAAGAGAGAGUACUAAAAAGAUAAUUUCUAUCUAGAGCAGGACAAAAGGAACAGGACUAACCCUAUUUGAAUAACCAACCCAUACCAAAACUAACCAACAACACAGACACUCAACCGUCGUGAAGAACAAGACACACACUCUAAGACUCCUGGGCAGAGCCGUGGGACCCCUGGGGUCCUAAGAUUUACGCCGACGCGGAGCAGCAAGUGACAGUGUGGAAGCAAUUGCAGCAUCACAUUAGCACAAAAGCAGCCCCUCAGCGACUCGAGGCACUACGUUCGAUGCCAGCUACACAUCAGUUAUGCCCUUACACAUAAUGAGUACACAAAAUGAGUAAUGCCACUUCCUUACACAUAGCUUAGUUCUAUGUGUAAGAAAGUGGCAUUACUCAUUUCUUAGCAGUAGUAGAGAAGACUCAUUUCUACUACUGCUAAGCAGAAGUAACUAGUCAGUGGCCCCUAUCCUAGUGGCUACCUCUAAUACUACUACUACUAAGAAGAAGUAACUAGCGGCCUCUUAUUACCACUUCGGUGGAUCCACUUUAGGGGGAUCCACUCCUGUGCCCGGGGUGAGUUGAUUAAUCAACUGGCAGUCCUUCUCCUGCGGCUACACAUAUUCGCUCUGACGGUACAGGUCACCCUGUGGGGGGCGAGUCCACUCCUAUCCUAUCUCUUUGGCGUUUUCUUCCAAGAAGAAGUGUCUAGUGGCUCCUAUCCUAGUGCUACACAGAACAGAUGAAUCAGAUAAGCAGGCCUUCCUAAGUCCCAAUAUCGUCUUCUAAUCAUUUCACUUUUUUUUACGGAGUCGAUGUACGCACUAGCCGAAAUCGAAGCACCGAGUGGAAGUUCCGGUUAAGGCUUUAAAGAAUCUACCCAGACGUACCACUACGCGCUACUACUACCUGGAAGAGGUUGGGCCUCUACCACUAUUACAACACUGCGCACUACUACUACCUGGAAGAGGUUGGGCCUCUACCACAACCUUAAUAGGGAAAGGGUGGCGCUCUACCACAACCUUAAUAGGGAAAGGGUGGCGCUCUACCACAACCUUAAUAGGGAAAGGGUGGCGCUCUACCACAACCUUAAUAGGGAAAGGGUGGCGCUCUACCACAACCUUAAUAGGGAAAGGGUGGCGCUCUACCACAUCAAUUAAUAGGGAACAAUAAAGUUGAUUCCCUGAAGAUUAUCUGCGGAAUUAUAGGUUUUUGACUGUCUAAGGUUAACAAGGGUAUUUUCUGACUAUCAAAAAUGGGCGUCUCUUCUCUGGCACGCGUAGAUGCUGCAUUGGACCACUACUGGCCCGAGGACAUGUAAAAGGACAACUAGGACAACUUAAAACUUCUCAACUCUUAUUUAACUUAGACCUCUGAAGGUGGAUUUCUCGUCUAAUCUGGAGGCGGCGGGAUGUGGGCGCGACCUUGCAUCGCUUUCGGCCUUGUCUGGGGAACUUACAUUUAUGAAAUUUCUUGCUUCCUAGUUCAAGUGCUGGCAAAGGAAAAUACUAAUACUACUCUUAAAUUUUCUGGGGAAAAACUUUUAUUUACUAUUUAUUGCUUCAGCCCUACUUCAAGAGAAGUUGUCUAAGAUCUCCCGGAUGACUGUAUUGCUUCCUUUUGUUCUUGCAGACAAAUUAUGCCCUAUUAAAGACAACUCAGGAAGUACUUCUACUUUGAAACACUGCACUCUUCGAAACACUACAUCGCUAGUGGAGUUUUUGUCAUUGAGUGAACCAAUCCUGCUUCGCGUUAUCAUUAGGCUUAUGGCUUCUUUCUCGAGAUCCGGACACCCGCUCUAACCUUCCGCGCAAAUGCUAUUGCUGUCCACUUUCCGCUCCGUUUUUGUUGGGCCUCGGGUCGUCGAUUUAAAAGAUGAAAUGGGUUAAGGCAAUCUUGAUUUUUGAUAAUUGGUGGCUACAUGUCGUAGGUCCAAUGCGAACCGACGAGCGUCAUCAAUAGUGCCUCUAGCGUACUAAACACAUAUUUAGUAUAAGUUGCUACUAUAGCCCCUUCAUCUCACAGUGUGCCCGCAUUUAUUUCUUCGGAAUAUUGAUCAGGAAGGAGAACCUGGGUUCUUUUAGUCGGCAUGGUAGCAGAAGUACAGUGUGAAGAUCAUUAUGUUUUUUUUUUACUCGGACCUCUUCUGGCAUGAUAAUCCCCAGUUGCCACAUGAUAGGAUCAAGGACAGCUGAGGAGCUACGCUUUAAUAUCCUAUAGAUAUAGUGCCGCAUCUCUGUCCUGUGUUCGGGAUUGUUUCAUCUCAUGCGGAAUGUUUUUGACUAUCUAGGAAGGCUUACUCGGAUACAUAGUGAUCCUAUCUAAGAAGACGAACUAUUCUCGGCGAAGCGACUCAAGGAGCUUGGGAUAUUAUCAGACGAGGAGGAGAAAACAGCGGGAAAACAGGAAUGGAAAGAGUACUCUCUCACAGCUAUGAGUUGUAGGCUCUCUCUCACUGACUCUCAUUUUCAUGGAAUAGAAAGGUUUUGGGUUGUCCUCCUCGGCUUCUACAAUGCAAACGCCCCCCUUCCCCCCUGUGCAAACUUCAGACGUACCCCGGGACUGGGUCUACUACUCCGACUACUCCUGCUACCCCUGCUACUCCGACUACUCCGACUACUGUUAUCACUGCCACUACCCCUAUCCCUACCCCUACCCCUAUUUUGAUAGAGUUGUCAGCAGAUUUUUUCUGACAAUAAAAAUAUUAUGAGGUAGACAUAGCUGCACUGCAAAGGUAUAAUAACUAUCCUCAGACGGGGUGGUGGUGAGUAUGUGUCACCAGAGUUGACGUUUCCAAGGACUAUAGUAGCUUACAUUGUUUUCCUCGAGUCAACUUCAACAGAUCCUUAGAUGUUUCGUGACUGACAUACAUCACUAGGUUUCUGUUAACGGCUCCAGAAUUCUCCCGCCAGCCAGACCCGAAUGACGCGCGGGUGUUUAGCAGUGAGGGUGCGAAGCUUAAGGCCAUGAUAUAAUCGAGAUUAUCUUUGCUUGUCUACCUAAUAUUUUGGUAGUUAAGGCUAGUUUACGGCUCUACCAAACAAGAGACCCUAAGGAAACUCGAUUAGCGGGUAGAAAAAUCCAGAAAGAAUCCUGCUGACAUUUUGCCAGCCUGUCUGCUAAUUGACUCCAACUUUUUCGGCUGUUUCUUCGUAGGUGAACCCUAUCCUGUCACAUAUCCUAUCUUAUUCUAUCCUAGAAAGCGACUCUGUCAGAAUUGAUUUAGAUCAUCAGGGCAGCAAGAUGAUUCAGCUAGAAGUAGUAGAAGGAAUAGGCAGAAGAUGAUUCAUCUAGAGUAGUGAAGGUUCAAGCUUCCAGAAGUCCUAAUGUGGAAACCCUGCUCAUAAACUACAUAUGGUCUGGCUUAUUCGAACCCCUAAAAUAUGGGCUGGUUUGGUUCGACAGGGCUAGCUCUAAUCACACAGCCUUCCAGAAAGUAUGCGAUGAGUGGGCCUACGCGAGGGGCAGCACUCUCAUUAAUAUCGCGGUAAUCUUAUGAGAAGGACAAUUUUUACUCAACACACGGAUCAAGAUCGUUCCAAUACCAUGUCAUACUUCUAGGUGCGCAACAGCGUACCUUUUCUACCAAAAAGUAAGUUAGCCAACGAAGCCUAUAGAGUUCAUAGUCGGGAGUGCUCGCCUCUCCGUAGGCGAGCCGAGUCCUAUCCUAUCCUACUCUUCGAAAGAAACCCGCUUUGACCUUCUCUGUCUUGCUAGUUGUAGCAUCCAAAGUCUUUCGGUUACCGACUACCCUAAUCCUUCUUUUUUUUUCUCUCUCUUUCCUCAUACCCUAUCAGUAGCCAAGAGGAACCUAUUAGCAGAACAACCGUAAUCGCAAAACUUCCUAUCAUAUCCUGUCCUAUCCUAUCUUACCCCAUCCUAUAGAAGACUUGGGCUACGUACUAUUACUAAGUAUCAAACCUAUAUUUGUGUCUGUGUGCUACUAACUACAGAGUUACAAUCUUCUCUCUUCCUCUCUUUCAUACACACUGCAUACGGCAAGUGCCCUGUGGCACAUGGCUGAACCAAUGCGGCUUGCCUUUUGGAUGUUUUUUAUCUCGGGAAAAGUACCCAUAAAACAGGCCAGAAUGGGAGUUGGAGUUGUUGCGGAUGUGAGAUUUAAGGUACUAUCUCUAGUACAGCUAGACUUACAACAUGUUAUAAAAAUUAAGGUACUACUCGUACAGCUUGCAUAAUGUAGCUCUUGAUGUCAGGCCUAGGGUACUACUCCCACACAGUCUUCUGCUAUUAGUUAUGCUAAUAUAUCAAAGGGGAAUCUUAGGCAGAUCGCCGAGUAGGUUCGUAUCGUCAUUAGUGGCGCCAAUAUAUCAAAUAGAUUAGUAGCACGGCGGGAAUAUUGAUUUUUUUUGAUUUUUUACAUCCCAUUCCCUGAACCCGUCGCCAGAAUUAUCAUUACCCAUGUGCGCCGUCGCCAAAAUUAUCACCACCCAGCCGAUAGACAAGUGAAGACCUGAUUGAUUUUCUCCUUUUUCUAGUUAGGGCUUCACUGGAAAUUAUCCUUUCACAAAUCAGGGUGGCGAUCCGAAGAAGACAGAGAGCCUCUAUUACAUCCUGACAAACGAGUUCGUCUUUCUUGCGGUUUCUCUUAUGGCACCUAAUCUAGUCAGCUCGAGUCGAAGGGGAAAGAAAUUCAAGAAUAGUGCGAAAAUGGUUAGUAGUUUCCACAUUAGAUCUUCACUUCAGUUCUCGGUCGCUCAUUUCAGUUUUUCGAAUAGCAUUAGAAAAAUAUUCCAGGGAGAGUGCGGGAGACGCAGCUGCUACUGAGAUAGGCCCUGCUUGUCUUGAUAGCUUUUGCUCGUAGUGUAGUGGUCUUGUAUACCCCUGGAGUGGGUACAUUCAUUCACUCACUCACUCACUCACUCACUCACUCACUCACUCACUCACUCACUCGCCCACUCACUCACUCACUCACCCAUUCGCUCCCUCGUCUUACUUCCUAUUUGAGUACUUUUGGCAACAUCUUCUGAAUCUGAAUCUGAGUGGGUCAUAGUGGUAAAAAACUCUAAUUUUUACAUGUACGCGGCAUUCUAUGUGGUGAUGAUCAUCGUGCCAGGUGCUCUGCUUACGUGGGCUCAUAUAGCAACUGGUAUUUGUCUUUUAUUUUCUUUGAUGUGUGCGUAGUAGGUGUUGCUUCAAGUCCUCUACACACAUUCAGCCUUCAGGUGAACAAAGAACAGGCUUCGUCAGAAGUGUUGGAUUUAGUUCAGGUCAAAAAACUGUGGCACCUUAAGUCCUGUCUUAUCCUAUCCUUUUCUAUAAGAAACUUAUGCUACGUGCUUUUACUAAGUAACUAUAUGUAUAUUUCUGUGUUACCUCUAACUACAAAGUUACAAAAAUACAACCGACCCCACUCUAAUGUAAGAAAAACCCACCCUCAGAUAUCCAUCUCUCCCUCUCGCUCCUUCUCAGGUGUAGAAACCAUGAUGGCCGCAAAGCCAGAUUCCUUGGUGCCGCACAUCGCUUUUCUGUUCCUGAUUCUGAAAAUAGAUAUUAAGGCUCGUUUCUUUCGUUGUACGUCUACUAGUGAUCCUAGUAGGGUUCACACCUAACUUCUACCUAACCAUUUUUAUAUUUUCGUAUUGCACUCAUGAGCACUUGCACUCUUGCUGACUUUCAUUCUUAGAGAAGAAAAGGAUGACUUGAAGUUCUAAGGAUGCCUUCUUCACAUAUCUGACGCUGACUGGACAGCAGCGACAAGAACUGAAAAACAGUGGCCGUCUUUACAUGUCGAAGAGAAGCAGAAUAGACGAACAGAAAUGGACUUCCCAGUUUUUGCUGUCACCUUUCAGUCUACUCUUAAGGCCGCUGUUUUUGAUAUUGAUGUUAUAAUAGUUUUAGUGUCACAUUAUUUAAGAAGCACAACUAGUGCGUCUUCUAAUAUUGGCGAUAUUCUCCUCACAUUCAAGAAAAAGUAGGGCUACACCUUUGGGACAACAUCUUACAAGGUGAAUUCUUCUACCUGCUUAUCAUGAAGUAGAAAGUAGAGCAUAGUUUGGAACUAGAAAGAACGUAAUUAGAACAGAACUCAUUUGAGGCCGCCGUCCUUAGUUGGGUAGCGGGAGGACGAGCACCGCCAAAAAGAAGAGAGAGGCGCGCGCGAAGACGCAACGCACAGAACAGAAGGAGCCGCUGCCAUGCGCUGCGGGGCCUCCUGCCUCUGUCCCCCUUGCCUUCGGGCCUCAGUCUUCUCGCUGCUUGGUGCGGCUCGCGUGGUGAGAGAGAGCGCGGCCGAGCAUGCCCCCCCGUGUUGUCCGCGCGAUCAGGCGCAGAGCCCGGCGGCGCGCGCUCAGUGCCCGAGCGUGGCGCCGUGCGCGAACACGCACGCGCAGAGGCGAGGCAAGCAGGCAGAGAGACGCCCCGUCCCGCCUGCUAGUCUGCUGGCGGGCAGAAGUGCAUGAGACGACCCCAAAGCAGACGGCCGCCCUGGCGGUAUGCGUGCGCGGCUUUUUCUUCUUGGUCUCUCGGUCUGUCUCCCUCGGUCGGAUGCUAGUAGCGCGAGGGCCGUGCCACUGCUUCGGACCACAGGGAGCGCCGCAGCCAAGCGUGCAAGCUUUCGCGCCACCUUCACCAUGCCCGUGUGGGCGUGGGCGUCUUUUUAUGCUAGCCCUUUAGGUGUGGCGUGGCUUCCGUCGCGGCCCGCAUGCCGCGCCCGCUGGCCUGUCUGCCCGCGAGCGUGUCAGUCAGCUGAGCACGGCUACCGCGCUGGGCAGCGUUGUGGGUAUAUAAUAUACCUCGCCACUGUCCUCACCAUCUGGACGCUUAGGGCCCCGCGUAUGACAGACGCUCGUGGGGACGGGCGCUGGAGCUCCGCCACACUCUCUAUUAAUAAUGACUGAGCGGCGCGUUGGAAGUAGAAAGAAAAUAGAAAAGCAUCCCUAGCUACCUCUUCUUAGAAGUACCAUCAGAACUCAGAAAGUGGGACUCAGAGAGAGCAUAAUGAAGCCUCUACUGGUGCCCUUAGCCUGCGCCCUUCUAGUGGCUAACCUGUACUUCUUUUAGGCCCAAUUAUGGCAAUGCAGGUCCUGUUCUUACCUCUCAGAAGUACCAUUAGAACUCAGACCGAACUUCUUCUAAUUUUAGGAUGCAGCGUCAUCAUGGCCUCCGUGUGGUUCGUCGUGAACUUGAUGGUGCCAGGAAAGACUCUAGUAGACAAACAAAUAAAAGGCAUUCCAUGGCCGGAGUUACUUAUGGCUGAGUUUAAUACUAUCAAAAUGAAUUCGAAUUAAUAACUUAUAGCCAUUGAUAACUUAGGUUACCCAUCAUCCUCGAAGUCGAGUAGGUGCCGGCGGAAAUCGAUGGGCAGGAUCCAUAACCUAACCUAGCCCGAGUGCGUGCUAAUAGCACUUACAACAGCUGAGUAGUGUUAGUGUUGAAGAUGAGAAGAACUUCGGACGAAGAGUUUUGUUGUGAACAAUUAAUUUGUAGAGAGCUUGUCUUCAAUUGAUCUUUCUAUCGGCAGUUGCGCUUUCUAUCAUUUAUUAGGCUCCUGAUGCUAUGGUCCUAGCACAUAGUUAGUAGAGAUACCGCAGACCUGGCGUGGUAACACGUAGUCUAGGCGCUGGCAUGCCAGCCGGUGUGAGGCUUCAUGGAAUGGAAUGACAGAAGUUUCUAAUCUGGGAAAAGCAUGCAGCGCGCAUCUUACCACCACUACCUACGGAGAGGGAGCCAAGGGCCCCUCGCUUUUCAGCAUCUUCGGUUAAGAGUGGUCAAAGAUCUGGUAAAGAACGAGACUUUGAGAACAACAGAAUGGCACUCGUUGUUUGGGUAGAAGAAUAUUCCUUGCUGACGACUGAAAUGAGGUAGUGCCACAUCAUAAUGGAACAGUGUUUUUUUCUAGAUCUCUAACGCCAGAUGUUCUCGCAAUCAAAGAAAGGUCCGGAGGAGCCAGCACCAGUUAUGGCUAGUACAAUGAUUUUCUUUUUCCUUUUCUGGUUUUUGAUUUUUUUAUUUCUAGUCAGGUGCUCCACCACAUCUAGUAUAUGAUAACUCCUUUGGUUGAUAGUUUUGGUUUCUCCUUUGCUGCUCUUUUACGUUAAUCCUUUACUGCUCUUUUACGUUAAUCCUUUACUGCUCUUUUACGUUAAUCCUUUACUGCUCUUUUACGUUAAUCCUUUACUAAAUGUCCUUGGUUAGACGAGAGACAUACAUGCACAGAAAAAUAUGCACUUCUUUACUACCUGUCUCUUUCUGGUGAUAACCACCUGGUCAUAAUAAAUAGUCAUAGAAGGUCUCAUAUUGCCAAUAGUCAUAGAAGCGUAUUCCCCGUGAUGAGCACUUCCAGCAUUGUGAUCAUGCUGACCCCACUUCCACUUGUAAUUAACAUCUCUCCCUUUUGACUGACCUCCAGGUUCCUAUAUCAUAAUGAAUUCUACAUAAAGUAGUAGUCUACACAUAUCCUAAACUAAUAUCUAGAUAGUAUAUUUAUGAUAAUUUUUUGACUCUUGUUUGUUAUUCGAAUAAUUCCUGCUUAUCGAACGGAAGUAGUAGUUUAGUGGUCUUUAUUUACCCAUGGAGUGGGUGUAUUCACUCACUCAUGCAUUAACUCCUAUGUUCUAGAUUAGUCCCUCCAUCCAAAAAAUUCAUAGUGGCAGAAGGUGGGCCUGGGACUGCAGCGUCUUCGUUUCUCGCAAGAGUAGUGGUCGGCAAGUUGGCGGAGAAUUUUGCGGACGGGAUGGGCUUCGUCGAAGAUCUGGGAGAAAUCUUAGGGUGAAAUCCUCUUACGAUCGUUGUGGACGCCUGAGGAUACACUGAAUUUCUACAGCAAAACAUAGUAGCCUCAGGACGUGGUGGUGCAGUGACUGCAGCCGCGAGCCCGCAACUCCGUACAUUUCUCGUGGAGGCCCUCCGAAUGAAUGACGUGGAAGGUGGAGCAAGUCUCCUAGCACAUCCUAUCCUAUGGAUUUGAAGUAUGUCCUUGUUGUCGCACGAAUUUUAGAGGCGAAUGUCCCAGGGAUUCGUCGCCCCCGGACUUGGAGACAUGGAGGUCUGCUCGUCUACAGGCAUCCUAGAGACCUUGUACGGAGGGCAUCCUACAGACUUGCAACGCAGUGGGCGGUCAAUGUCUACGUGAGAUGAGUGCAAACUACUUCUCCCUAAGAUUGCAGCAAUUAUGAGAGUAGAAACACACUCAAAAAUUUGCAUCGAAUAGAAACAUCAACAUCUCGUACUUACUCGUGAUGAUCAACUGUGAAAACUAGACAGUGAAGUAACUCUCACAAAGCAUAUACUUAAUCGUCGUUCUUACCUUCGACGUUGAACAGAUAACCAAAGAACACCUCACGUUAGGCACAUUAUAGUACGUCAGUAGACAUUGACAUACACGCAUACAACCAGCACUAGGCGCAUAGUACCACGUAAGUACACAUUAUAAGUAUACUAGGCAACAUCGACAUACAGGCACGACUCAUAGAUCUGCACUCACAAAAAUCCUCAAAGUUUCCAAGAAAGUAUGCACUCACAAUCCUCAAAGUACUUACUAGUGUACUACAGCACUAUAUAUGAAUACAAAGAUUCUCUUGACAACGACUAAAUACCAAGUAAAUGCAGAACUCUCGACCAUCUUCUAGAUGUGGAUUUGGACAGACAAAAAAUUCAAUCCUUCUCAUAAUAAUGAUCAGUUAGUAUGAUCAUUAUUUCAGUCUUUCGACCAUCUAGAUGUGGAUUCAGUAAAUGCAGAACAUCUCAACAAAAAAUUAAAUUUCAAGUAGACAGAUUAUUUUGCCUUUCAAGUAGUCCCUAGUGACAGAUGGUAAAGGCGCAACUUCAUACUUAAUGUCAAAGCUCAGUCAUGCCGAAAACCAACAAAAAGCUAGCCCUACAGCAUCCACGUACUCACGAGAGCUCAUAAAAAUUGUAUAUCACACACAGGACACAGAAAUACAAGCUAAAGCUACUUUGCAG